GGCGCCAGGCCGCGUACAGCGGAGCCCCGGGGGCGGCGGCGGCGGGCAGUUGUGCGAGUGCCGCGCCCCGGGUGUGACCUGUGUCGCUUCCUCCUCCUCCUCCGUCCACCUCGGCCUCCACCACCACCACCACCAGCAGCAGCAUGUGGCCACCUACAGAAUCGUCAUGGGUUGCAUAGAGAGCAAGAAGGUCAUUGAUAAUGUUAGCGGCGGCGGCGACAUUAAGACAGUGUACCACAUCGAGGACGUCUUCGAGGAGAAGUACAAGGGCGUGCCUGGAGGGUCAGCCACGGAGACAGAGGUCAAGUGUGAGCUGAGGGUCGAGAACGACUCCAACCUGGCCGAGAGGAUCAGACUCGACAGACAGAUUAACAAGAACAGCAAAUUCAAGGCCAAAUACGAUCCCCGGAUCACGGCCAAGUACGAUAUCAAGGCCCUGAUCGGUAACGGCACCUUCAGCAAGGUGGUGAGGGUGGAGAACAGACAGACCAAGCAGCCUUAUGCCAUCAAGAUGAUCGAGUCGAAGGAAGGUCGCGAGGCCUUUGAGGCCGAGCUGGCCAUCCUGCGGCGCGUCAAGUGUCCCUACAUCAUCCACCUGGUGGAGGUGUUCGAGGGGCUCGACAAGAUCUACAUGGUGAUGGAGCUGGCGACAGGAGGUGACCUCUUCGAGAAGGUGAUGAGUCGCGGGCCGUUCUCAGAGCGGGAGACAGUGAAGGUGCUGAGGAUGGUGCUGGAGGGCGUGAAGUACCUGCACGGGCUGGGCAUCACCCACAGGGACCUCAAGCCUGACAACCUUCUCUACUACCACCCUGGCAACGACUCCAGACUCAUGAUCACCGACUUCGGUCUGGCGCACACCAGGAAGUCCGCGGACGACGUGCUGAUGAGCACCAUCUGUGGGACGCCGGAGUACAUCGCGCCAGAGAUGGUGGCCAGACGCCUCUACACCAACGCCGUCGACCUGUGGGCCGUGGGCGUCAUCACCUACAUCCUCCUGCGCGGCGACUUUCCCUUCUUCGACAGGGAGAGAAUACGCUUAUACAAGAAGAUUCUCAAGGGCAGGUACGCCCUGUCUGACGAGGUGUGGGAGGAGGUGAGCGAGAGCGGGCGGGACUUCGUGCGUCGGGUGCUGGAGGUCAACCCACAGUUGAGGUUGACUGCAGUAGAGGCACUAGCACAUAAAUGGAUCCUCGCCCACCACUCUUCCACCUCACAACAGUCACAGUCACCUGGGGGUUCGUGGAGUCGGCGCUCAUCCUCCCACUCAUCCAGGUCUGCACGUUCAGCCACAUCACUACGGACAGUACGCAGACGUGUCAAGCCUCAGGAACUGGAGAAGUUGAACCAAUCGCUGCUUUCAUCCAUUGCUCGCCCCACUCAGCACCCUGCGUACAUGUCCUGAGAGUAACCUGGCCAGUGAUAACCGAGUAACUUAUUACAUUUCUCAUUGCCACAGUUGCCGAAGUGUUUGUGUUGCUGCAGUGAACACAGCAGGCACUGGUAUCUUAUUUACCUUGGUGGGACCAGUUAGUAUAUUGAUUAAUGAAAUGUUCAUUAAGGAUAAUUUUCUGUGAUUCUAAGAGAUUAUUUUGAAACCACCCUUCAUGGUUAAAAAACUGUUAACAUUGUGCGUUGUAAUUAAUGCUGUAUCUCGCCUCUUACAGCUUCAUGCUGUGAAGGCAUAUUAUAUGAACAGUGCAAUGAGAACAGCUCCAGCAUACCUGUACUAGCACUGUUAGCAGUCACUAUUGCCAGAUUAUGCCAUGAGCAUAUUUCAGUGCCAGCCAUUCAUCACAUGCUCUGUGAUGUGAUUAACACAUCUGGAAGUAAUGCAUUGCUCGUGAUCGGCAGUCGGCAAACAAAUAUUAACUUCUGUUUAAUAUCAAUAGAUGUAUGGAAAAUAUUUUUAUAUAUAAUAGAGAAAUUGGAAAAUAAAUGAUGGUGAACACUGGAAAGUGUCAAGUCUUGCAAUGCUAGACUUAAAUAUUUUUUACUGUGAGUGCAAUUCCUGAAAAGCAUAAUAAUUGUGAUUGGUAAGUGAUGGAAUGUUAUUAAUGAAUGAAAGAAUUUGGUUUAACAAAUGUAUGAAGAUUUUUAAUUGAUGCAUCAAUUGGAAACUAGAUUUUUAAGGAUAAAAUACUGUUGAAAUACUGUUGGGUGUUAUGAGUAUAGCAUAUAUAUUUUCUAAUAUACAGGUUUCAUUUUCCAGCACUUUUAUUCCUGAACUCUGCUACUUUUUGUGUGUUUGUGUUGCAUUGCAACAUUUGUCUACCAUAGAUCAGUCUUAUUGACUGCACAGACACUUGCAAACAUGUACGUAUUCACAUACACAAACAUGCAUUCAUGUACACACAAACAUACAUACAGGGCUUCUCAGCCAAGCAGAUGGCACUUAGGGGUCAUAUUCCUAGGUUCUCUGGUUCAAUUUCUGGCCGAGGCAAAAAACAAAUGAGCAAUUUCUUUCACCUGAUGCCUCUGUUCACCCAGCAAUAAAUAGGUACCUAGGAGCUAGACAGCUGCUAUGGACUGCAUCCUGGGGGAUGUGUGUGUGU